AUGAAGACGAUAAUAUUUACCGUGUUUGUGAAAAUCGUCACAGCACAAUGUCUUUCGUGUGAUGAUGUACUUGAUUUACCACUAGACGAGAAGGUUUCACUAUCAGCGUUACAAACGAUGUCAGCAAAAGAUAUAGUUCAGUGCUUAGCACAUCUUGGAAAGGAAGAGCUACCGACACCUGAAGCAGAUUUCAUUUGGAAAUCCCUAAUAACAUUUUAUGAUGGCAUAGAACACAUUCCUGAUUCAGUGCUCAUGAUACUCCACUGGGUUACCGCUGCCGUGUCUCCCGAGGAUUACGCCAACAUGUCUUUAAGCAACAUUGAUGUUGUACAGAACUUUGGCCUGUACUACAAGUUAAACGAAGCCCAAAUAGCUGCAAUCGCGAACAGAGUACGCGAAGACUUCGCUGAAAAAGAACCCGAGGACUACACUAGCUAUGACUUAACUGCACUUGGUCAAAUACUCUGUGCUUUUAACAAGAGUGAGAUUGAAAGGAUUAAUCCAUCAGCGUAUAAAGAAACUGCCGCGUUGAUCGGGAAGCUGGAGCGAUGUAAUGGUGAUGCUAUGUCGGGAUUCGCUACUCUUGCAGUUGAGAAACGCGCUUUUGGACCGAGCAGUAACUGGACCGACAAUAUAAUAAAAACAGUUGGAAAAGUGGCAGAUUUUUUGCCAAAGGGAUCGAUAAAAAAAAAAAAACCCGUUUAA